AUGCUUCUCCCGGCUCUGGUGACCUGCCUCGCCGGGUGCGCCUUCCUCCUCUCGCCGGGCAGUGAGGGCUGUGGGCCGGGGAGAGGCUAUGGCAAGAGGAGGUCACCUCGGAAGCUGGCUCCUCUCUCCUACAAGCAGUUCAGCCCCAACGUGGCCGAGAAGACCUUAGGAGCCAGUGGGAGGUACGAGGGCAAAAUAACCCGAAACUCUGAGCGCUUCAAGGAGCUCACCCCGAACUACAACCCCGACAUCAUCUUCAAGGAUGAGGAGAACACAGGUGCAGACCGCAUGAUGACGCAGCGCUGCAAAGACAAGCUGAACUCUCUGGCCAUCUCGGUGAUGAACCUGUGGCCCGGGGUCCGUCUGCGGGUCACCGAGGGCUGGGACGAGGACGGCCACCACUCGGAGGAGUCUCUGCACUACGAGGGCCGGGCCGUGGACAUCACCACCUCGGACCGAGACCGCAACAAGUACGCCAUGCUGGCACGGCUGGCGGUGGAGGCCGGGUUCGACUGGGUCUACUACGAGUCCAAGGCCCACAUCCACUGCAGCGUCAAGUCAGAUCACUCCGUGGCAGCUAAAUCUGGAGGUUGUUUCCCCGGCGAGGCCUCGGUGACGUUGGCGAGCGGCGUUCAGAAGUCCAUCGUUGACCUGCGACCUGGCGAGCGAGUCCUGGCGUCGGCGGGCAGCGACGGAGAGCUGGUUUACAGCGAGGUUCUGGUCUUCCUGGACCGCGACCCCGUGACCUGGAAGCUCUUCUACACACUCCACACGGAGGCCGGAGCCCGCCUCUCGCUCACGGCCGCCCACCUGAUUUUCGUGACCGAGGGGAACUGCUCAGAGGGGGCCCCGGCGUCCCACAGCGCCCUCAGGACCAUGUACGCCAGUGACGCCCAGCCGGGACAGUGCGUGCUGGUGUCGCAGGGUGAGGCGGGUCGGGGGCGUCUGUCCCGGAUCACACGGGUCAGCAUGACUGAGGGCAGGGGGGCGUUCGCACCGCUCACCCAGCAGGGGACGCUGGUGGUGGACGGCGUGGUGGCGUCCUGCUACGCCGUGGUGGACCAGCACUCUCUGGCUCACUGGGCCUUCUCGCCGCUCCGGCUGAUCCACAGCUGGACUGGUUCCACUUGGAGCCACGGGGACGGGAUCCACUGGUACUCCCGGCUUUUACACUGGCUGGGGGGGAUGCUGCUGGACUCGGGGCGCCUCCACCCGCUGGGCGUGGCUCAGGACGACAGGUGA